AUGCCAAUGCGAGUGGUGGUCGCACUCUACACAUACGAUCCCACUACGAUGUCACCAAAUGUGGAUGCGGUGCAGGAGGAACUCCCAUUUCAAGAGGGACAAAUCAUAAAGAUCUUUGGUGAGUGUGAUCCCGAUGGAUUCUACCUUGGUGAAUGCAACGGCCUACGUGGAUUAGUACCUUCCAACAUGGUUUCCAAACCGGAAAACGAAGCAUCUCGUCGAGCAGUUAACAAAGCAUUGGCGGAUAAAAGUGCGGGCAAUAUUGGGAACAGACUGGAAACCGGCACAAUACCUCCCGGUCAGCGUAGUAAACCAAGAAGCACUGAGUCAAUGAACCCAAGACGUCACCGAAUCCCUGCACUACCAGAUGACCCAGUCGAAUACAUGGAAACAAAUCAACAAACACAUUCAGCGCUGUUCACCGACGCCACAGAAUGCGGACCGCCAUGCCGAGCGCGUAUAAGGCGAUCAGCCGACCAACCUCUGGUGGGCCACAGGGCGACAGUGAAUGGUCAGUCAAGGUUGCAAUUUGGUUCAGUGCCUACGGCACGGCAUGAAUCCGCACAACGGCCAUCAUCCAGUCGUUCCCGCCCUAACGAUUCGGCAAAACAACAGGGAAUUGGAUGGAGGCAACACAUGAACUUAGAAAAGCGACCCAUGCUUGCUGUUUACGAUUAUGAUCCAAGCGUCCUCAGUCCGAACGCAGAUGCUGAUGAGAUGGAACUAUCGUUUCGCACCGGUGAUAUGAUCAAUGUCUACGGUGGGAUGGACGAGGACGGAUUCUAUUACGGUGAGACUGAAGAUGGAAGAAGGGGGCUGGUCCCGUCAAACUUCCUACGAGAAAUCGCCGAGAGCACGGAUGAACGACACACACUGCCAGAUAGCAGAGAGAACAGAAGCUAUUUGAACAUGGACCAAACCAGGGCCAGCGGUUUUAGUGGUCGUUACAAUAGUCAAGGUGCAAGUUCGAUAGAGGAGGACGGACAGAGCCGGAAUGAAAACGUCCAACAUCAUCGCACGAGCGUUUCCAGUUCCUAAACGCAAUCGGUCAUCGUCGAUGAUCCGUUACGGAAGAACGAGUGGUGACGAAAGAUGCACCAGCAGAAAGUAACCGCGUUGGCACAAAACAGAUUUUGUGACUAUGAUGCAGAAAAGCAAAUUCUUAUUUUUGUAUUCGAACCAGAAAACGGCGGCAUUGAAGAAAAAUGGCGACGCCAGAUUCAGAC